UUUAGGUUUACUGUCAACUCUGAUAAUGGACAAAUCAGUAAUUUGGUUGCUUUGGAUUUUGAAAGUCAGUCACAAUAUUUACUAGCUGUUUUAGCUGUAGAUAGUGGUACAUAUCCUCGAACUGCUACAGCCACUGUGACUAUUAAUGUACAGGAUAUCAAUGACAAUAUACCAGUAUUUGUUCAAACAUUUUUUGAGGGGAGUGUACCUGAGAAUGAGGCUAUAGGUACUUCUGUUUUAACUGUAACAGCUGUGGAUGCUGAUUCUACACCUACUAUCGAUUAUAUCAUACAAGAAACUAAUGUACCAUUUAGGAUUGACAAUACUGGACGGAUAUUUACAACUCAAGUCUUGGAUUUUGAAUUGAGACAAAGUUUACAGUUUACUGUAACCACUCAACAGGGACGAAACUCUUUGAACACACAGUAUAGAGCAGGUGUCAGGAUUACUGUGACAAAUGUCAAUGAUGCUGCUCCCUCUCUUACCAUUAAUCCUGCAGUUAUUAAUAUUCCUGAAAAUCAAGCUCUUGGAGAAUUACCUGCCUUUGCUUCUGCUACUGACCAAGAUCCGCAGAACGAUUUUAACAGAAUAAGUUAUCGUAUGAUUUAUGGUGAUGUCAGUGUUUUUAACCUGGAUAGUACUACUGGUAGAAUUACAACUAAUACUAACUUUAAUACCAAUGGCAAAGCCAAAUAUUCGGUAACUGUGAUGGCAUUUGAUAAUGGAAUACCAAGUUUAACUGAUACAUCAGAAGUAAAUGUUCUGCUCUCAAGAAAUUUUUUUAGUCCAGUUUUUGAGCCGGUGCGAUACACCCCUACCAUAUCAGAGAUUACACAAGUAGGAAAUGUAAUUGAGAGAGUUAAUGCUACAGAUAGAGAUACUACUGUAAGUGUAACAACAAUUCAUUAUGAGAAAACAAUGAUUCAAAAUAUUGAUUGA